AUGGAACCACCAACCCUCCCCCCUCCCGACUCGCCCACCGCCGAGCCAUACCCUUCUCCCUCCAACCUCGACCUCGCAACGCGCACACACAACCAACACCCCUUCGUCAUUUCCUCCCGAAAGCUCCCCAUCCUCAAAGCCGGCCCAAUAGACGCCAUGUCUGAGCGCCUGAAGAUUCCCAUCCCCGAGAUGAUAUUCGGUGACAAUCUCGUUGCCAUCACACACCCACGCACGGGGUGGCGCAUCGCUUUCAGCGCGGAACCGGCUCUGGACACAGUGGAUAAGACGGGCGAGGCGGGGAUGUUGAGAGUCGCAUAUGCGAAAGAAUGGAGUUCUUCGAGAGAGAAGACGAGUGCUGGGAUUAGUGAGGUGGUUCGGCCGUUUGACUGGAGUUAUAGUGCGGCGUAUCGAGGGGAUGAGGUGAAAGCGGGGGAUGGGAGGAGUUUGAGGAGUGCCGGUGGGGAAAGGAAAGAAGGACAAGAGGAGGAGGGGAUACCGUUGGAGUUGUUGAAGAGGCGGGAUCCUAUUCUGUUUGCCGACGAGGUGGUGUUGUACGAGAGCGAGCUGGACGACAACGGGAUCAGUAUAUUGAGCGUGAAAGUACGGGUUAUGGAGCAGCGUAUGUUGCUACUGUGCCGGCUGUACAUGCGGCUGGAUGGCGUGGUGGUGCGGGUAAGGGAUACAAGGGUGUACGUGGAUUUCGAGAAGGAGAAAGUGAUCCGAGAGUACACGGCGCGGGAGGACGGGUUUGAGAACGUGAAGCGGAGUCUUUACAUGAGCGGGUUGAUGCCCGAUGCCGUCACUGUUGCGCUCCGAGAUUCCAACCAGGUUGCUAAUCUCCUCCCGGUCGUCGACCACUCCCUCGAUAGUGUGUGUUUAGCGGGACAACCAUAA